ACAAUUAGCGAAGGCGCUUGAGCGAAGGCGCUAGAGCGACUAUAAAAUGAAUUACCGUGGCCGCUGAGUUAUUUCAAACGAGAACAACACCGACGGGUGUUGUAUCAAGAAGAAGGACAUGAUUCGACUUGCCUUGGUGGCCCUUGUGGCAUUUGCAGCCGCUGCUGCUGCCGUCAAGCCUCAUAUUGUCUUCGUUCUGGUUGAUGAUUGGGGCUAUGCCGAUGUCGGAUUCGCCAAUAAAAACAUCUCCUCGCCAACCUUCAAUGUGCUGAACGACGAGGGAAUUCAGCUGGACCGUCACUAUGUGUUUAAGUACUGUUCACCCAGUCGAGCCUCGUUGAUGAGUGGACGAUGGCCACAUCACGCACAUCAAUGGAAUAUCGUACCGCAAACUGUUCCUCUCGGGCUGAAUCUCAACUUCACAGCGAUGCCGGCCAAGCUCAAACAAGCUGGCUACUCGACACACAUGAUAGGCAAGUGGCAUCUAGGAUUGAAGAGCGAAGACUACCUACCCGUGAAUCGUGGAUUUGACACAAUGACUGGAUGUCUUACAGGCGGCGAGAACCAUAUCACACAGAGGGACGGCUGCGGCACGGAUUUCUGGACGAACCGCGCACCCGACCCACGAAACGGUACCUAUGAUGCGUACACGUAUCGUGACGUCAUCGACGAGCUGUUCGACCAGCACAACGCUACGGAUCCGUUCUUCUUAUACCUGUCGCUGCACAACGUGCAUGCACCCUUUCAAGCCCCGGACGAGUGGGUGAACCUGUACCCGAACACCACGUGCCAGCAGAGACGACUAUAUCAGGGCAUGGUCAGCGUGGCCGACAACGUCACCGGCCUGGUCGUGCAGCGACUUAAAGAGAAACUGAUGUGGGACAACACGCUGUUUGUGGUGUCGGCCGACAACGGAGGUGCAGCGUGCGGCGGGAGCAACUACCCGCUGAAAGGCAGCAAGGGCACGUUCUUCGAGGGCGGCGUGCGCAGUCGGGCGUUCGUCAACGGCGGCCUUGUGCCGCAGAGGAUGCGCACGACGGCAUUGGAUGCUUACAUUCACAUCGCGGACUGGUAUCCGACGUUCUGCAAGCUGGCCGGCGUCGAUCCCGCCGACAGCGGUCCAGGGAAAUUCCCCGUUGAUGGAGUUGAUGUGUGGCCGCUGCUAUCAGGUGAGGAGAAGGAGAGUAGCCAUGAUGAGAUUGUCCUGGGCUUCAACUACUCAGCAGGCAACCCCGAGCAAGGCGCAAUCAUCGUAGGCGACUACAAGCUCAUCGUUGGGCAUAACAAGGGUGGAUGCGAUACUCUGAUGUACUCGCCGCUCGACUACCCCUGCUCGCAAGGCGAGGAAGCGCCGGACUGCGAUCCGAACUGCCUGUACAACAUCCGCCAGGACCCGCGUGAGACCACCGAUCUGUACCAUUCGCAGCCCGUCCUUGCGCAGUCGCUUCUCAAGCGUUACAUGAAGUACGCCGAGGAGCCCCGUGGAGAGCAAGAUCAGGGGUACCAUGUGCAGGGCGCACUGCCCGAUGCCAAGGACGUGGCAUGUCCUUACUUUGCCGCACACGGCGGGUACUACCGACCCUGGAUGUAAACACCGACGACUAUGCAGCCCCACACACCCUGGCAUAUCACUGUCAACUGCCAUUAACUUUGUAGAGGGAGAAAUAGCCAUUUGUGACGAUAUCGACUUGAUCAAGAUGGAAGAAUGGCUACAGAAGAGCCAUGUGCCCAUCGAACGUGACCAUCAGGUCUUUAUGCACAGUAACCUGGUGAAGAAACGCAAGCAUAUUUUUCACUCCACUGACUGAAGGAAGGUCACCUGUUGCAUCUCACUUGUGUUCCACAUGGAAAGCUUGCGAUGAUGUAACGUUAAUUUUGACAAAGUGCACAAGGUCUACGCACACUAUAAUGGUUCAUUUCGUUGCACUGUGCUUUACGAUAUUACUUCAAGUACUUACUACAAGCCUGGAGGGUGGUGGCAUUCCUAGUAUGGGUGCGGUAAGCUCAGUCUAUUUGAGCCUCAGGCGAACCGCCACACACAGUCCUUCAUAUCAAUGUCCCGCUCUCUGGAAUAAGUUGCUUGCAUCUACAUGUACAUGUAUACGAUCACUGGAGAAACCCGGUUCAUUCCGGAUCGCUCUUUUAUCCCACCUGAAAAUUCACUGGCUAUAAACGUUGCUCACUGAUCAAAAAUGAUUAUGUAAUCUUUCCUCUGCUGUCUUAAACCCUACUCUAUUUUUAUUUUAGUCUUUUCCUUUUUCCUUUUAAUUAUUAAUUUUGUGUGCCUGUAGUCGAUCUCAUGUAAUAAGGCAACACUGCCUGUUUGUUCUUCGACAUUAAAUAAACCAAUCCAAAGCAAUCCAACCAUGAAUGCUUUUACUAGCAAAUGGUACAUGGAAGCUUCUUUAAAAUUCACCUUGGGAUGUACGGUAGUGACAGUAAUAUUCCCAACAGGCUGUUGAUUUGUGUGCUGUUUGCCACAGUCCACUAAUCCGAUGCGCUUCUAUUCUUCUCUCCUCUUGUUCCCA